AUGUGCGAUCUUGUGGGCCAUAUUAACGCCAUUCUAGCAACCGUAUAUGGUGUGGAUCUCUCGCCACCUCCAGUAACAUGGGUGCCGCCGAAUUGCCAUCUUCAAGUCGAUGAUGUUUUAGAGGAGUGGACAUGGCGACAAAAGUUCGACCUUGUACAUAUGCGCCUUAUGUUGGGAGCAUUCACCGAAAGUGAAUGGGCGUCAGUGUAUCGAAAGGCAUAUGAUAAUAUCGAGCCAGGGGGCUGGAUAGAGCAAGUCGAACUUGAUGUCAGAGUCAUGGCAGACGACGGCAGUCUCCGUCCAGACUCCCUGAUUGCGGGAUGGGGUGACAACUUCUUAGGUUGUGCGGAGCGCGCGGGUCGACCGCUAUCUACACAACUUACCAUGAAAGCCAAGAUCGAGGAAGCCGGGUUUGUCGAUGUCCAAGAACACCUUUACAAGUGUCCAAUAGGUGGAUGGCCGAGAAACAAGGUACUCAAAGAUGCUGGGAGAAUCAACUUCGUCCAAUGGUCAGCUGGCCUUGAAGGGUGGGCAAUGUUUCUUUUAACGAACUGGGGGACGCCCACGCCGUGGUCGGCUGAUGAGGUCAGAGUUUAUGUCGCCAAGGUGAGAGAGGAAUUGAAACAGCCUAGAUUGCACAUUUGGCAUUACACGUAA